AUGGAGGCGUUCAACAGGAUGAUUAAUGCUUCUAUUAAUAGGGGUUUCAUCAAUGGUUUUUAUGUGGGUGCCAGAGAGUCUGAUCAAGUUAUUGUUUCUAACCUUCUUUUUGCUGAUGAUGCGCUGAUUUUUUGUGGGGCUGCUCCUGACCAAAUUAGAUUUAUUAAAGCCCUUCUUAUUGGCUUCGAGACUGUCUCUAGGUUAAAAGUAAAUCGGGCCAAAUUUGUUUUCAUCCCUAUCGGAGGUACGGGUGAGGCAGGUGAGUUGACUGGCAUUCUGGGAUGUGGCACUAGCUCUUUGCCUUUGAAGUAUCUGGGUCUUACGCUGGGGGCUUCGUUCAAGCUUUUGGCUAUAUGGAAAGACAUGUUGGAGAAGAUUGCUAGAAGGUUGGCCCCUUGGAAACAUUCGUACUUGUCCAAGGGGGCUAGGCUCACUCUCAUCAAAAGCACCUUAUCCAAUCUUCCUACCUACUUUCUGUCUCUUUUUCCUAUCCCUGCCUCUGUGGCGAAUCGCAUUGAGAAGAUUCAACGGAAUUUUUUAUGGGGUGGGCUCAAUGACGAGCCUAAGUUCCACUUGGUCAGUUGGCACGAGGUUUGUUCUCCGAUUUUUGAGGGUGGUCUAGGGAUUCGGAGUUUGCGGCUUUUUAAUCAAGCUCGUUUGGGGAAAUGGUUGUAG